AUGAAAUCUAAGGAAACAAGAAGCGAGAACAAGAUCGAACCAGAUCGUAGUUUCGAGAACAAGAUCGAACCACAUCUGAUUGCCAAGUCCCUUAAAGAAUGUCCGCUUCACCCCGACAAUACUUUGCGAAAGUUUCAAUUUCAAUGUUUUUACAAAGGUGAUCCCUCAUCGACUGGAAAUGUUGAGAAGCUUCUUUCUUUUGGUCUAUGUGCUUGCACAAACCUUGAGACAUUCUCAGAAAGCAUUUGUGGGUUACGGCGUUUAAGAAAGCUUAAACUCGAAGGCUAUCCGGAGGCUCCCAAGGACCUUGACCAGGUAGAAUGUCUAGAAGCCCUAAGUUUUUCUAGGACAAAUAUGAAGCAUCUUCCGGAUAGCAUUUGUAUGUUGAAACAUCUGAAAAUUCUUCAACUUAAACGUUGUUGGAGUCUUGAGAAGUUACCUGAGGAUCUUGGCCGAUUAGAAUGUUUAAGAAGGCUGACUUUGUUAUCUGCAAAGAUUAAACAUCUUCCUGAUAGCAUUUGUAUGUUGAAACAUCUGGAAAUUCUUCAACUUGAACAUUGUUGGAGUCUUGAGAAGUUACCUGAGGAUCUUGGGCGAUUAGAAUGUUUAAAAAGUCUGACUUUGUCAUCUGCAAAGAUUAAACCUCUUCCUGAUAGCAUUUGUAUGUUGAAACAUCUGGUAUCUCUUGAGCUUACAUAUUGUUACUUUCUCGAGAAGUUGCCCGAGGAUCUUGGCCAACUAGAAUGUUUAGAGAAGCUAUUUUUGUCGUAUGCAAAGAUCGAACAUCUUCCAGAUAGCAUCUGUACAUUGAAACGUCUGAGAACACUCGCUCUUUUUCGUUGUUGUUCACUUAAGACAGUACCAAAGGAUCUUGGCAAAUUAGAACGUUUGGCAGAGCUAAAUCUGUCAUCCUCAAUGAUCAAACAUCUUCCGGAUACCAUUUGUAUGUUGAAAUAUCUGGAAUGUCUCAGACUUGAUUAUUGUGAAUUACUUGAGAAAUUACCAGAGGAUCUUGACCAAUUAGAACGUUUAGAGCUGCUAUACCUAAGGAAGUGUAAGAUUUUACAAGAUAUCCAAAUUGGCAUCUGUAAGAUGAAAUGUUUAAAAUCGUUAGAUGUAGCAGGUACAAGCAUAAGUCGUCUUCCACAUGACAUUUUUUUGUUGAAAGGCAUGCGUAUUUCCGGAUCGAGAGACCUUCUUCGAUCUUCUAGUUUUUUAUCCGAGAUAAAAAACAUAAGCGACAAAGAUAACUGCUUUGUAGAUCUGUGA